AAGCAACGCUUGCCAUACCACCAUCUUCAAAUAUGCACGUCGGCCCACCGGUGCUGCCUUUUCUGGAAGAUCGCCGGCCGACAGUACUACUCUGCCUAACGCGUUUCGCUAAGCUGCUACUCACUCACUCACGGCGGUAUUACACCGUUGUUAAUCCUUCUCUUCGCCGUCUUCUCGCCUUGGGGCUUAGAGAGACUGGGUGUAACACAUUGCAGGCUCACUCAUUCAACAGCUCAAGCCAAGAUGUCCCGGGCGACACAACGCAAGGCCUUGGCAGCAAGCGUGCUGUUCUCUCUACUGUCUUGUUCGAAUGCAUUCUAUCUUCCGGGAGCAGCACCUCAUGAUUAUCGCAAGGGGGAAGAGGUCAAACUCUUUGUCAAUGCAUUGACACCAAUGCUUGCAUCAAAUGACCAUGCUAAGCUAAGAUCUCUUAUCAACUAUGAUUAUUACAACCCCAGUUUCCACUUCUGUGAACCGGAAGGUGGUCCGAAGAGCGAGCCCGAGUCUCUAGGAUCAAUUCUCUUUGGAGACCGUAUCUUCAAUUCUCCAUAUGACAUCAAAAUGCUGGAACAAAAUACGACAUGUCAAACGCUUUGCAGGCAGGAUGUACCCGCAGAAGAUGCCAAGUUCAUCAAUGACCGUAUAAAGGAAGACUACGCGUUGAAUUGGUUGGUAGAUGGCCUUCCAGCGGCGGAAAUGAAGGUUGACAAGAAGACCGGAGAUAUUUUCUACGACAUGGGCUUCAACCUGGGGGAUGAUGAGGAUGAGUUUAUUGACAACCCCGCCCUGAAUAAUCACUAUGAGAUUGUUCUAAAGUAUCAUUCACCAAGUCCCGACGUUUACAGGGUUGUGGGCGUACUCGUAUGGCCUAGCAGUCUCGGCGAUAAUCAGGACGAUCCAGCCGAUUGUGACGCGACAAACGUGAAACAUUUACAGCUCGACGGGAAUUCCACUAAUAGGGUGCGGUAUUCUUAUAGAGUCACUUGGAGUGAAUCAGACACGCCAUGGGCUACCCGUUGGGACAACUAUUUGCAUAUAUUUGACCCACGUAUCCAUUGGUUCAGUCUGAUCAACUCGAUCGUUAUUGUCGUCUUCCUCUGUGUAAUGGUGUCAAUGAUUCUCCUCAGGACGGUAUCUCGCGAUAUUACUCACUACAACAACAUUGACCUAAGUGAAGACAUCCAAGAAGAUUAUGGUUGGAAGCUAGUGCACGGGGAAGUCUUCCGCACCCCUCAGCAUCCCAUGAUUCUCUCGGUCUUGGUUGGCAAUGGUGCACAGCUCUGCGCCAUGGUAGGUGUUACUCUAGUAUUCGCGCUCCUCGGAUUCCUUUCUCCUUCGAAUCGCGGCUCUCUUGCCACCGUUAUGAUGAUUUGCUGGACACUCUUUGGCGCAGUUGGCGGAUAUAUUUCGAGCCGCAUCUAUGCAUCUAUGGGUGGCACUGACAAACGGAAGAACUCAUUCCUUACUGCUACGAUUCUUCCAACCAUCGUAUUCGGUGUCGUUUUCCUACUUGAUCUUUUCUUGCUUUCGGCUGGAUCUUCGGGUGCCGUGCCUUUCGGUACAAUCCUUCUGAUCGUGGUGCUCUGGUUUGGCAUCUCCGCUCCUCUGUCUGCUAUCGGCUCCUACUUCGGUUCAAAGCAUGGUGCAAUCACACAUCCGGUACGAGUGAACCCGAUUCCUCGUCAGAUCCCGCCAACGCCAAGAUACCUGCAACCAUGGGCUGCUGCAUUACUGGCUGGAAUAUUGCCCUUCGGCGCGGCAUUCGUCGAACUUUAUUUCGUUCUUUCCAGUCUCUUCGCUUCAAGGGCAUAUUAUGCCUUCGGUUUCCUCGCCUUGACGGCAGGAGUAGUAGCGUUGACUACCGCCACUGUCUCAAUUCUUUUCACAUACUUCAUCUUGUGUGCUGAAGAAUACAGGUGGCACUGGCGUGCCUUCCUCGCAGGUGGUGGUAGCGCCUUCUGGUUGUUUGCCUACGGGGUCUUCUACUGGGCCUCUCGUCUCUCCCUGGGCUCCUUCUCAAGCGUUGUAUUGUACAUGGGGUACCUCCUCCUUCUCUGUCUCUUCGACUUCCUCAUCACAGGUACUAUUGGUUUCGUGGCGGCCUACUGGGCUGUUCGAAAAUUGUACAGCGCCAUUCGCGUGGACUAAUAUCUACAUUAUUGAUGACCUCCCAGGUAGCCCGGGGCUACUUAUCAUUCGUUUCUAUAUACUACAUCGUACGAGAAAAGUAUUACUGGACGCUGUCCUUCUUGUCGCAUACCUCCCUAUAUAUAGACUCAACUUGGAUCUACUUUCCACUCUGA